UCAAAUACAUUGCCGAUCGCAUCUUUUCUCUUGUCUGCUUAAAAAGGAAGGAAAUUUAAAUUGGAACGGCAUUCCCGGUAUCGGUUGGCUCGGUUAGUUAGUUGUGGAUCAGAGGAAGAAGAAUGGUGUGUGGAUGAAUAUAAAUACUGGCCAAGGAUUAAGGGAAGGGCACGUCUUUUUUUCUUUUAUUCUGUUGGAAGGACUCUACACGUAUACCUAGCAGUAAUGUCGACCUGGUCUUCUUUAUCUUUACUGCUGACAACUGCAUUAACGAUUUGGAGUGUGGUGGCUGCGGAUGAUGGAUUUAUUUCGAUCCCCUUCGUUGGUGUCGAUCGUAAAGCAGCCCAUUUGCCCGCAUGGGGGUUUCAAAGAGCUGGCGCGACUGUGAAUGUGCCUUUGGAGAAUAUUGAUCUGGCGUAUUUAAUGAACAUUUCGAUCGGCACACCGCCUCAACCAUUCACUUUGCUUUUGGACACUGGAUCUUCCUCGACAUGGGUUCCCUCAAAGGGAUGCGGUCAAUUUUGUGGUUAUCCACCACAUACCUUCUCGCCUACGGAAUCCGACACAUUUAAUACAACCAAUAUGCUGUUUAGUAUUCAUUACGGAGAAGGUUUUUCACGUGGAUACUAUGCCCAGGAUACCGUCACGCUCAACGACGUAGUCUCUGUUCCCGAUGCUUAUUUCGCUGUGUCGGAUUUCAAUGAUGGUGAACUGAGUAUGGAUGGUGCAGAUGGUAUUCUUGGCAUCGGCCCAGAUGUGCUCAGUCGAUACAAUAAUCCCGAUGAUGUUGUGGUUCCAACGCUUGUGUCCAGUAUGCAUAAAGCAGAUGUGAUACCCAACAAUACAUUUUCAGUAUAUUUUAAGGCACUUGAAAGCACAGAAAAGAACAUAAGCCGUGUCAACGGCGAUAUCAUCUUUGGUGGUGUUGAUCUUUCUAGAGUUGAAAACGAAACCAUUUCGUACAUGCCAAUCACAUCGCAUAGUGACUUUAAGGAUUAUUGGGCUGUGGAUAUUGACUCUAUUUCAGUCGACAAUGAAACCGUAUCGUACAACCCCACGUUGCCUGCCCUCGUCGACACUGGCUCCACACUGAUCUUCCUGCCCAAAGAAAUAAUCGAUUCAGCGCUAAGCAGAGUAAAGGGACUGGCAGUCGAUUAUAGCGGUCAAUAUUUAGUCCCCUGCAAUACCGAGGACCUUGUACCUAUCACUUUUAAUAUGGGUGAACACGAAUUUACGUUGCAUCCACAUGAGUACAUUGUUCCUUUGUCCGUUGGAGGCACUGUCUAUCAAUCGCAGGAAUACUGCUACACUUAUUUGCAUGAAGCACCAUCGUUUGUGGAUGCCAUUCUUGGUUACGGAUUUUUGCAACAAUUUGUAUCAGUUUAUGAUGAUGAAAAUAGACGUAUUGGACUUGGACGUGCUACUUACUAACAAGAAGAAUAUAUUCUAUCAUAUCUCUGUUGCUUGGUCGUUUUUUUAAAUAUAAAUUUUUAAUACCAAUGUUUGCGUUAAAGUGCGUGCGCAGUAUCUUGUAUUGGUUGCUGAUCCCCGCUGACAGUAUAACUAUGAAUGUAGCAAAUCCCACCCUUGAAACAAUAAGUUUCCCUUCACAUGUGUGU